CUAAUAUCAAUAACAUCUGUGAUCUGCAAUUUGCUUUGCAAAAGAAAAUAGAAAUCUCAAUUUUUGUAUGUUUCAUGCGAAAACUAAGAAAAAAGAUUGCAAAUUGGUUUUUCAUUUUUAUGAAUACACAUUGCUGAUUAACAUAAAUCCAUGAAUACGUAUGUUUAAGUGAAAUUCAUUACAAAUACACAAAUCUUAUAUGGUUGAAUUGUGUUCCAAUAAUUUCCAUCGUAAACCACAAUUUUUACGAAGUUUGUGAAGACUCCCAUUAUUUAACAGGAAAAUAUGAAGCAGAGGUUAUGUGGCUAAGCAUAGAAUACCAAUGUUUUCAAGUUUUUUAAUUGGAAACUGUAUUUGUCCCUGGAAUAAAUGUAUAAUUGCAUUUAUGCAGAACUUGGAUCUUUUGCGAAUAAGUAAAUGCAAGCAUGAUAUUAUAUUGUGCAAGAUCAGAAGAAGAGUAAGCUUUACAGAAGAAUCUCUAGUGUUAAAAUACCUGUGAUGUUUAGUAUGAUAGCCAAGGACUAGGCCUUAUAUGCCGGAUGAAACUUAAAAGACAGAUUAGAAGAUCUUAGGAGACCAAAGUACAGUGGAAAAACUUGUCUAAGCCACAAUACUCCCAGGGCUGUGCCAAAAAGAAUAAUGGAAAAUAUGGAUCAUGAAAACUAUCAAGCAAAAUAUAAAUUAACUCCCAACUUGGUUAAUCUAUUGGAAAUAAAUCUAGAAAUACUUGGAAAUGUAGACAACCCUAAUACCAAUCUAGAGGCAAAUUCACCAAGAUCCAAAUCAACUAGUAACCUUUAUAAUCAAACGAAUUAUGCAGUAAAAAUAUUCGGUAAUACACAAGAUUCGAAUCAAGAUUUAUAUUCGAAAAAAUCUGAUUUGAGCAGAUCAAUGAAUAACUUUAAUACAGAAAAUGAUAAUAGUAUAGAAAAUGAUAAUAAGACGGAAAAUGAUAAUAGUACAGAAAAUGAUAAUAGUACAGAAAAUGAUAAUAAGACAGAAAAUGAUAAUAGUACAGAAAAUGAUAAUAGUACAGAAAAUGAUAAUAAUACAAUUACACAUGAAAAUGUUAUGGUUAAAGAAGAAAGAGAUAGUACUGUAAUCAAAAUUGAACCUUAUAUAGAAAAAAUUGAAAACCUUGAAACUUUGCAUAGUAAAGAGACUGAUGAAAUGAACUCUUUGCAAGAUAAUGAUAUGGUUUCCAUGGCAAAUGAAAGCCAAAGCUCUUUGCAAAGUAUUGAAAAAGAUAAUGUUGGAAAUAAUGCUGAAAAAGUUGUUGUUGUGGAAAAUACAUGUGAUGUCAAACUGGAUAUCAAAGAAGAGUUAUUAGACCAGGUUACUGCUCGAAUAGCUCAUUCACUUCAGGAAAUAAUGAAACAGAAUUACAGUAGGUUCAAGAAGGUAAUGAAGAAUGAACCAGCCGACGAUACCACAGGUGCUGAUGAUUUACUGAUCCCAAACAAAGUUGUAACCUACCGGGAGCGCAGUCCUGUUGAAGAGAAUGCAGAUGAAUUUGGACCUCCAUCAUCCAAGAAAUCUAGACCAAGGCGUAACCGUUCCCUGUCUACUAACAACAUGGUGGAAAUAGCACAGACAAGCAAAACCAAAGACAAAAGGAAAACCAAAACAACCAAAGACAAACAAACUAAAAAAGCUACAAAACAAAAAAGUAUCCCAAACGAUUCAAUUAGAUUGAAUGAUAUAAAAAGUGGAGAAAAUAACAUAGAAAAAGUAUUAGAACCUGAGUUAUCUUGUAAUGUGUGCACUUAUAGAACUUGGAAUAAAACGUAUAUGGAUCUACACACACUUACACACAAAGACAAUGAAGAAAAAGGUAUUUUCUCGUGUAAAAUAUGCGACUUGGUCACUCAAGAUAAACCAAGUUUCACUGAACAUCUCACACAACAUAACGGAAAAAGACCUUUUAGAUGCUAUCUGUGCAAUUUCAAGUGUGUAGCACCGAGUAUAUUAAUUAAACACUCAAAAAUUAACCAUCCAGACAUAACCAGACCUUUCUCCUGUAAUGUUUGCGAGUACAAAUCAGCACACAACAGUGAUAUUAUUCGGCACACGAGGACUCACACUGGUGAAAAGCCUUUCCAGUGUAACCAGUGUUCAUACAGGUGCACGGAUAUAAGCUCGCUAGGAUUCCACACGAGAACUCACACGGGUGAGAAACCUUACUCGUGUAAACUGUGCGAGUACAGAAGUAGGUGUAACAGCGCUUUAAUAAGCCACAUGAGACGACACACAGGUGAAAGACCUUACACGUGUAAAGCAUGCGACUUCAAAUUCGCAAACAACAGCGAUUUAAUACGACACAUGAAACUCAACCCAGGCGAGAGCUUCACGUGUAAAAUAUGCGAGUUCAACUGUACAGCCAAGUGCGCUUUAAUAAAACAUUUACGCACACACAGAGACGUGGAUAAAUACAAUUGUGUUUUAUGCAGUUACGAAUGCACGAGAAAUUGUUACUUACUAAAACACAUGAGAAGUCACAACGGUAAAAACGCGUACUCGUGUAAAGAUUGCGAGUUUCAAUGUGAUACUUAUGUUAAGUACUCAAGACAUAUGAGAAGGCACUUGGGUGAGAAAAUUUUUACAUGUGAAGUUUGCUCAUACACGUGUAAAGGAAGACAGGUUCUAGCCAGACACGUGAAGAUUCACAGUGAUGAAGAGCAUUAUUCUUGUUCGAGCUGCGACUUCAAGAGCUGGCGUAAGUGUGACCUGGCGGCGCACGUGAGGACCCACAUGGGGCAGAAGCCUUACUCGUGUGCACACUGCGUUUACACGUGCAGGGAUGGGAGGACUCUGCAGAAACACGUGCAAAAGAAACAUGUCGGCAAAAGUGAAAUGGAGUUCAUCAUCUAAAUGGCUUUCACUGUGAUUUUAGAGAAUGAGAAAUAUUCUUGGCUUGAGAAAAUUAGAUUCGGUUUUAGUGCAUAACCCCUCGCGAAUACUCGGCUUCGGAUCGGACGCAGUGGGCAAGCGUUAAUACAAUACUGGGGUUCCUUAUAAGGCUCUUCAUGUUAUGAAUUCGAUUUGAACCCAACAAAAUUCUGAUAACAAACUUUUCCUGUAAUCGCUUUUAAAAUUUUUAUGGUAAAAUUGCAGUGUAUCUAAAUAAGGUUCUCAUGGAAAUUUCAGUAUAAAUUAAAUUUCAGUAUAAAUUAUCCAUAUCGGCCCAUAAAAUUAAUAGGUAAUAGUCUUGUAGAAAUAUGGCCUGUAGUGGACUUUGGCCUAAACCCUUCUCAUUCUAAGAGACCCGUACUCAGUAGUGGGCCGGCGACGGGUUCUGAUGAUAUAUUUCUCGCUGCAAUGUAAUCAAUUCAGUAGAAAUAAUUGUAGAUGAAAUUUGAAACAAUAUUGUAUUGCGUGAAUCUAAAUAAAUCUGUUAAGAAUUAUGUAUUUGCUGUUAAAAUCGUACAGUUGGUGUUUGAAAGAAAGAACUUAGGCAUUGGACCUGCGCAGUGGGUGAUUUAUCGAUCCAUUUUGAUAUACGAAGUGAGUCCAGGCGCUGAGUGUCUAUCCCGCCGCGCGAUUGCUUCGCCAGUGAACUUUUCGUUGUAGGAAAAUUCAGUACCCAUAUGCAGACACAUCUUUUCCAAUUUCAUCGUGCUAACGCCAACGGCCGAGAAUAAUCGCGACAGGUCGACAUGGCAAUCGGGGUGGGUUAUCCCGCAUCCCUCCACGACUCACCUCGUAUCCCGCUUGCCAUGUCGAUCUGUCGCGAACUAUAUCUGUUAUCUGUCAAGUUUCUUAGCAUUGUUGUUAUGUGCAUACAUUUUGAGAUCUCACUUGCUAUCUUAGGUCUAUGGGCAUAGUUGUAGAACAAAGGCUGCCAGUAAUUAGAAGUUCCUCAAUUUUGAGAUUAUAAUUAAUUAAUUGUGAAUAACAAUGUUGCUAAGUAACUUAUCUACAUACAACAGGUACUUAGAUUGAAUAUUUUUUUGUCUAUGUAAAUAAGAAAGGUUACGCACUCAUCCGAU